AUAAGAAAAUCAAGAAAGAAACGAAGAAAAUUUGAUCAAGAAAACGGAACAAACCGAAAGAAGAUGCCAAUUUUGCGGUUCGAAAUGGCUGCUUUCAGAAAUCUGAGCUUUCUCGUGUUCGUCUUCUGCGUUUUGAUCUCUCUCAAGAACCAAAAUGCCGAGACCAAGAAGGGUUCGUUCGGAAUUUCUUCGUUUUCGUCUUCUCCGACGAAGCCGGCUUCGAUUUUCUCUGAUCUGUUGUCGAAACAAGCCGUGUUAUUGUCCACCGAGGACGAGGAGGUCGUCAAUCGGAAGAUGUUGACAGUGUCGGGGUCGGGGUCCCUUGAGUAUGAUUUUUAUCGGAAAUCGUGUCCCGCAGCAGAGAAAAUCAUUCGAGACGCGGUUCGGGAGCUCUGCAAAAGCAGGCCCAGGCUGGGUCCUGCUCUCGUCCGCCUUGUUUUCCAUGAUUGCUUCAUAGAGGGGUGUGAUGCCUCUGUUUUAUUGGAUGGUGUGGAAGGAAUGCGUUCAGAAAAAGAUUCCCUUCCCAAUGAAAGCUUGAAGGGGUUUGAUGCAAUUGACAUAAUCAAGUCAAAACUUGAAGAAAUGUGCCCUGGUGUUGUUUCCUGUGCUGAUAUUCUUGUUCUGGCAGCCAGAGAGGCCGUUAUUUUGGCUGGUGGACCAUUCUAUCCACUGAAUACUGGUAGGAGAGACAGCACUGUUGCUUACUCGGAUAUGGCUACUUAUGAGCUUCCUUCACCCCAUGCUGAUGUCUCUGAAACACUGGCAUCCUUUGCCUCGAGGGGAUUCGAUGAGAGAGAGACUGUCAGCCUAUUAGGCUCUCACAGCACUGGAAUAACCCACUGCCGGUUCUUCAAAAAUCGUCUGUACAACUUUGAUGGCUCUGGACAGCCUGAUCCAACUUUGGAUUCUGGAUUUCUCAACCUAUUGAGAUCAAAAUGUGACAAUACUCUCCCAUCAAGAUCAUCAGCCCCAUCAGCUUCUUUAACCGGUUCAACAUUACCUUUCAACACUUCACUAUUAUCAGCAGCAGCAGAAGCACCUUCCAUUGACAGAUUAUCAUCAUCACCUGAGGACGAGGAGGAAGUGAUGGAUAUGAAUUAUGGGGAACCAGCAGCGGAAUUUGGCACUGUGUACUACCGCCACCUCCUACAAGGUAAAGGACUCCUUUUUGCUGAUCAGCAGCUGAUGGCAGGGGAAGAGACCAGAAUUUGGGUUAGAGCAUAUGCUUCAGAUCCUUUCCUGUUCCGGCGAGACUUUGCCCUAGUCAUGAUGAGGCUCUCAAAUCUCCGAGUUCUGACAGCACCCAGAGGUCAGAUCCGGCACAACUGCUCUAAGGUGGCUUGAUAGGUUUAUAGCUCACUCAACCUAAUCUCUGAGGAUUCUAUCACUUCUUUGCCUUCACAAAUUACAUUUGCCCAUUUACUGUGCAGUCAGUGAAGUUGUUUAAUUCUUUGGUACUUAAAUCGAAAUUCCUGUGGUUACCUUGUAGAAAAAACACAUACAUAUUACAGAAACUGGCUGCUUACACUGGUUCACAUGUUAAAAAGAUAAAGCGAUUUUACUGCA